AUGGAGCCCAACAACGUACCAAUGAAGCGGAAGCGUCGGCGCCGCACACUUGCGUGCGAAGAGUGCCGCAGGCGCAAAGUCCGGUGCGACCGAGAGCAACCAUGUGCCAACUGCGUGCAGGCCUACAAGCCGGAACACUGCUUCUACCAGCCGGACCCUAUGGUUACGAAGUCGCCGCCGAUGCGGGCGGGCCAUGUGCGCAAACUGAGCGAAGGUCCCGGUAGUAGCGACCGGAUUGAGCGUGACAGCCGAGGGGGCUUUCCAGGAGGCCCGGCUGACCGCACAGGAUCGCUGGAGCCCGACUGGCCGGGGUCAAUCACAAGGACAGCUACGUCAUCGGCCUCCGUGACUGGAGCCUCGACUCCGGCCCGGUAUGUAGUCCUUCCGGCUCCCGGGAGCGGCAUCGGGGCUCCUAGUAGCAGUGGUAAUCCACAUUACCGGCAAGACGACCAGAUGAGCCGCACUGACAGUAGUCGCGACGGUGCCUUUCCUUCGCCCGGAUCGAUAGCAAGAGGGCCAUUGCCGGGCGUCUCGUCUGUUACAGGCGAGUCAGAGGUGUCGUCACUCAAAGAACAAGUCCGCCGUCUGGAGAACAGACUGGCCCUCGUGAUCAACGACCACGACGAGCCCCGUCUCCCUCCGCCGCACCAUGGCAAACAUUCGCCGCCCCGUGGACCACAUUACCCUCCACCUCACCCCCACCAUCUUCCUCCUCACCAUCGGCCGCCGCAUCACCACCCACCUCCCUUCCACCACGGGCCUCCCCACUGGCCCCCAUUUCCCCACCAUUACCCGCCGCCGCCGCCACCGCCGCCUCCGCAUAUGAUGCACCCUCACCCCCAUGACCUUCCCCAUCAUGACCGGAACGACCGGCAUGACCAUCACGAUCAUCAUGGUCGCCACGAUCACCACGGUCACCAUGACCACCAUGAACACCAUGAACACCACGACCGACAUGGCAGGCAUGAUCGCCAUGGUCGGCAUGGUCGCCACGAUAUGGACCAACCCCACCAACUGCUACCGCCGCCAACACCGCCAUCCAUGCAGCCUCCGUCCUCAAGCAUGCCUCUGUCGUCUCUGCUCGAACCGCAGUUUGAAGGUUUCGGGAACGACCCACCGAACCGCAGAUCUUCCUCCCCGCCCGCGGAGGAGAGCAAUACACCUACAAAGAACCGAUAUAUGGGCCCGGGCCAUUGGAUGAAGGGCGCAUUACUUACGUUCAUGAAACCGCUUUUGAACGAGAUGGACAGCAAGAACAGCGAACUGUAUCAGCACAUGAAAAAGUGCAAGUCGCUUGGUCGCGUGAUAAAGUCUAGCCGCGUCCCCGCAAUGCUUGCCAUUGAGUACGGCAAAAAAGUACCGGCCCGUGAGGUCGCAGACGAGCUGAUCAACAGCUACUUCCGCACGUUUGAAACUGUACAUCGUGUCUUGCAUAUCCCUACCUUCACGCAAGACUACCGCCGUUACUGGGACAACCCCAACGCAGCUAGCAACAACUUUGUUGUCCAAAUGCAGCUGUGCAUGGCCAUAGGAGCUGUUUUCUAUGAUGAGACAUUCUCCCUUCGCCACCUAGCUACCCAGUGGAUUUAUGAGGCCCAGUUCUGGCUGAUGACGCCACCGUCCCAGAAGGCGCGGAUGAAUAUCCCCGGCCUGCAAACCAUGUGCUUGCUGCACUUUUCCCGUGAGGUAUCUGGUAUCGGUGCCGACCUCGUCUGGACCUCAGCCGGUGAACUGAUGCGCUCUGCCAUGUACAUGGGCCUGCACCGUGACCCUACCAAGCUCCCCAAGGUCCCGCGUUAUUUGGCGGAGAUUCGCCGUCGGCUGUGGGCGACCAUCUUGGAAAUUACUCUGCAAUCUAGUUUGGAUUCUGGUGGCCCGCCAUUGUUGUCACUAUCUGACUUUGAUACGUUACCGCCGGCCAACUUUUUUGAUGACCAACUCGUGGAAAAGGCCACAACGGCGACGAGUGGCGCUGCUGCUCCGCUACCGAAGCCGAUGACUACGUUUACCAACACUUCUAUGCAGAUUGCGCUGCUAAAGUCGUUCCCUACCCGCCUGGCCAUUGCACGCUACGUGAGCGAUUUCCGCAGUAGGACCUCCUACGACGAGACCCUGCGCCUGAACUCGGAGCUACGGACUGCUUGCCAGGCCCUCGCUGGUACAAUCCAGUCAUAUCGGCCCUCGGGCAGUGCGGGCAAGCUGCUUCCUACUAAUUUCCAACUGCGUUUUGUUGAACAUCUGACGCACCGCUUUUUCCUGUCUCUCAACCAGGCGUAUCUUGCUGCGUCGCAAAACGAUCCUAAGUUCUACUUUUCGCGGAAAAUGGGCGUCGACACGUCUCUUAAGCUGUACCAGGCCUGGUCAGGAAAAGCGUCUUCAUCUUUGUCAGCAUCGUCGACGGGUACUCCCGCAGCCGGAUCGACUUCUACGCCCUCUUAUGGGCCGGCAGCAUCCUCUCUUUCAUCGGCCUCGGUUGUAGCGGGACCAGAGGCGCCGCCGUCUUUGACCUCAACCGCCGGGCAUGGCAACCGUGAUGCAAUCUCUGCAGCCGAACCCCCCGAAGACGAGCAGGACGACUUUUUCCGGCUUUCUGUCUCCGGAUCAAGUGGGUUCCGGUUUGUGCCUGUACAGUGUAUUGCAACCCUGAGUAUGGACCUUCUGUGGCAGCUGGAGGAAGAGCACUCUGUGCGUUUGCGCCUGGGAAUCAAAUCAACCAACGGCGCAAACAGCAGCAACAGCAGUGGCAAUAACACCGGCAGCACGGCCGAUGGAGAACCCGGUGCAACUAGCAGCAAUGCUGGCGACGCACAAAACGUUGGAGCUGUUAGUCCGCCUUCCGAUGCGGGGUCCAAGUUGGCCAUGCCCGGCGUUGUCACCCAAGCCGUGCUCCUCGAGGCCCUGGAGCAGACUGUUCGCUAUGCUGAGAAGCGAAUGCUAGCGGGCGAGACAAAUGUCAAGGGCUACCUUUUCCCCUGUGCUGUCGUAUCCCAAGCGCGUGCCCUCGCUCGCGGUGCGGAUGCGGAGGACAUGGAGCAAACAGUUCUUAAUGAGUGCCUUGCUCGACUCAAGCACUGCGUGGAGUUGCUUCGCGAAGUGGCGUCUACGCACCCUGGAAAGUCGAUGGACGACGACGCAAUCACGUUCACGAGCCUAGGCUCAGACCUCACCUUGAACACGUCAGAUAAUGACGGUGCUGCGCUCCAAGAUUUUAAUGCAGCCUUACCGGUAGGCGAUGACCUCAUGCUGGGUACCGGCAAUGAAUGGGGCUGGGAAGAUUUGAUGCAAAACCAAGGGUUCAAUUUCAGCUUCAACAUGAACGGACUAGACACAUUUUUUUCCGGCAUUUAA